AUACCUCCGAGAAUCUUAACUACAAUUGUGAUACAAUGUGAUAUAGGAUGGAGUAAAUAUUAUUCCGAACGUAACUCAUAUAAAAUGAAUUUAACAGGAUUUGUACCUCUCGGUCGUUGCUUUCAUGAAAGUGUUCUUAUCGGAACUCAACUUUACUUUUUAGGUGGAAUAAAUUCUGAUGAAAUAUUUUAUUUAGAUGUUUCUUUACCUUUCGAUUCAAAAAAACUUUUAUGGACUGAUUUAACGACAAAUUCAGCCAUUCCUAUUAAUAGCGCGUUUGCAACUUCAUGUGUUGGAGGUCAAAAUAAUAAUUUUAUUUUUUUAUUUGAACAUCAUAAAAAAGACAAUGAUGAAUUAAAUAAUUUAAUUACAUAUACAUUUGAUAUAAAAAGUCAAGAAUGGGAUAUACCAACAAUAAUAAAUCCUACUCAGAUACCUCCAGUUAUACAAGGAAUUAAUGCAGCUUGUAAUCCUAAUGGUACUAUGUAUAUUUUCGGUGGAUAUAAUCCAAAAUUAAAGAAAUCAUAUAAUGAUAUGUACAUAUUAGAUUCUUUAAACUUAUCUUGGAAACAAUAUCUUGCAUCUUUAUCUAUAAUUAAACCGAUUAUAAGAUCUGAUUAUACUGCGACACUUUUACCAAAUUCAAUUAUUAUUUCAUUAUUUGACACCAAUAUUGGAACUUGGACUGUUAUGACUGCAGAAAAUAAUGAUGUAAUAAUACAGGCUCGUAGAUUUCAUACAGCUGUGUUAAUAUCAGAUGGAUUAAUUGUUAUUUAUGGUGGUGCAUCCAAUAAUAAUUCCAAGGUUCCAAGUCCAUCGUUAGCCGUGUUAGAUACAAAACCUGAAACUUAUAAAUGGUAUAGUAAACAAAAUAUUGGUAAAAAUAUUCCGCCACCGCUUGCUUAUCACACAGCUACAUUAGUCGGAGAUUAUAUGAUUAUAACAUUUGGAGCUAAAUUUUCAGGAGAAAAAUUCGAUAAUGAGAAUAAUCUUAAUACCAAAGUUUAUAUACUUGAUACAAAAAGCUUUUUAUGGGUUUCAUCAACUUCUCAAAAUGGUUCAAGUACUACAAGUAUUAUACCUUCAAAUUCGGCAACUUCAAGUUUAACAAACUCGGCAUCAUCAAGUAUAACACCUUUAAACCCGACAAAUUCAAAUAAUCCUACUUCUACAAUCAACCCAAAUAAAAUUAAGAUAUUUGCAGGUCUUACUAGUACGGCUGGAGUCACUAUACUUGUUGUC